AGCUUAUCACCCAGAGCUUCGAGCCGAGGGUCCUUAGUAGAUUUUCGGACGAUUGUUUGGUCGUACGCGCCCGCAGGAUGUCUUCUCGCUUGUCAGCGUCGCGACGCUCUGAACUGUGAAGAGGAGAAUAUCGGGAUUUGUGAUUUUUUUCUGUGACGGUAUUAAGGUUUUAGUUUUUUGCGAAUUUUUUGGACGUUGAUAUGGCCCUCGAGUUAGGUUCGCACGGUGUUAUGCCCCUGGACUUCAGCAGCGGCGCCAGGGAGGGUAUUUCGGGGUCGCAACCUGGCAGUCCGCCGGGAAGUAGCGCCUUCACCAUAGUCACCCCAAAAGUUGUUACCGACCACAAUGACUCAUCUCCCUUACAUUUCCCAUCAGCACAAUAUUGUAGGAUGUUAUGGGGUUCUCACCUUUUACCUGCUGGUCCAAGAUACCUCUCCAGUAUAGCACAGCCAGGUUCAGACAGUCCGGAAGAUAAGUCAGGCAUAAUAAAGUUCGGGAUCAACCGCCUUGUCUCCAAAUCUGACGACGAAGAAGACGAACAGACCAACAACAACAACUCCAAAUGUUACCAAAGAGACACCAGCUGUUACAGCGGGGACGAGAUGGUCUCCACCAAGUCCAGUCAAAUUCACAAAUGGGACGCGAUGUCUCCUAGACCUUCUCCCACCACCUCUCCCGAGUUGGAGGUCGACUCCCCCGUCAACUCCAGGACAAACUCCCCAUCCCCUAGACCUCCUUCAGUGACGGAGAUCCAAAAGACAGAUGUCACCACCAAGAAGUGCGAAGCGUUUUCAGUAAGCGCGUUGUUAAGGCCUGACAACCCCAAGGAGAAGGCAGAUAGGGUUGGUUAUCAAGAGACGGUCUCAGUCACCAGGUCGUAUUUGUACCCCCAGUUUGCUGAUCUGUUGAAAGACGCUCAGCUGAAGAGUGGGCAAGAGUAUGGCUCGCAGUUUUUACCUAGGAACUUCAUACAUCCAAGCUUAUUACCGUCGAGUCUUUACGCCCAAAAGGACGGUGAAGACCGACCCUUCAUACCAACACCUACAUCGCUCUACUUCAGCGCCAUGGCGGCAGCAAUGGCAAACGGGCAGACUCAGCACGGUCAAUACCCUCAGCAGCAUUCUACAACAGAGAAUCUAUACAGGUUGAGGCACCACUUCAUGUCUAACCCUUCGAUGCAUCCACACCACCACCAUCUGUUGAUGAGGCCAGGUAUGAUGCCUAUUGGAGACGUCUAUUCUUGUAUAAAGUGCGAGAAGAUGUUUUCGACUCCUCAUGGACUAGAGGUCCAUGCUAGGAGGUCGCAUAAUGGAAAGAGACCUUUCGCUUGUGAGCUCUGUAAUAAGACUUUUGGACACGAGAUCAGUUUGAGCCAACAUAGGGCUGUGCAUAAUGUUGAGAAGGUGUUUGAGUGUAAACAGUGUGGUAAAUCUUUCAAGAGGUCGUCGACGCUGUCCACUCAUCUGCUGAUACAUUCUGACACAAGGCCCUAUCCUUGUCAGUAUUGUGGUAAAAGGUUCCAUCAGAAGUCCGAUAUGAAAAAACACACGUAUAUACAUACAGGAGAAAAGCCUCACAAAUGCACAGUAUGUGGUAAAGCCUUCAGUCAAUCCUCAAACCUCAUCACCCACUCUAGGAAACACACAGGCUUCAAACCCUUUGCCUGCGACCUCUGUGGCCGGGCCUUCCAACGCAAGGUGGACCUCAGGAGACACAAGGAGACUCAGCACACCGAACUACGUCCCAUGACCUCAUAGUGCCAGGGGGCCGGAAGUUCCAGCACACUUCCGGCCAGCUCGACCACCUCCCCCAAGAGUGACGAGGAUGGUGGGGAGGUAUUACCUCUUCUGUUCAAGCCCCAGGUGAGCCAGAACCUGGCGCAGAACCUGAUGAGGCUAAACGCCGAAGCUGCUACGUCUACCAUGCGUCCCUCAUACGGGUGUUGGACAAACUGAACCAAAGACUCCUCAAGAAGUCGAAUCUGUGAUUUUAGACAUCAUAUUCGAGAUAUGGUGUUCUGUAAGUAAUAAGUGUGAGUUGGGAUGGAAGUUCUAACUGUUAGAAUGCGUGGAAGGAAGUAUAGUGUACCUGUGAUUUAUUUUUAGUGUUCAUCCGAUAUUUUUUAUAUUACUUUAUGGGCUGAUUAGACUGAACUGAAAGCUAAUAGACACUAAGAGCUUAAUCUGGAGCAACCAGUGGUCAUGGAAACAAUUCCAAAUGGUGCCCAUAAAGACCUAUGAAGGUUUCUUUGUUGUACUUGUAAAUAUUUGUUAUCACUUAUAACAAUCUGCUUAGAUGAUGACCAAGAUUGAAAUGAUCUGUACGGAGCUAGAAUGAACACGUCUGAGCAGACUGUUAAUAGUUUUCCAUUUUGUUAUGCAUUCCUUGUAUAAAAAGAAGUCCAUACAAUCGGCAUUCCUUUGAAGAAAUUGAUUCCAACUCAUAUCAAUGAAAAUGUACCUAUAGCUAGCGUAAUCAUUGUAACCAAUGUAAAAAGUGUUUAAAGAGAUAAAUGUGCAAUUUGUUAUUUUUCGAAACAGUCAACCAAAGACGAUUUUAUGUUCAAAACGUCCCAUUGCCAUGGGAAACAUAUCAUGUACCAUAUUUAAACAACCAAAGAUAAUACCAAAUCCUUAUUAUGUUUUACUGACUUCAUUAUAUUAUAAUUUUAGGCCUGUUGAUUUUUCGACAUGUUAUUUUGAAAAAAUCAGAACGGCACUCUUGCACUCAUUGUUGUAAAUUUCCUCACCAGAUGUCUUCGUGAAUUUUUCAAGGUGUAAAUUGUAGAAGACAAAUUCCAGAUGUACCUUUCUACUUAUUGAUAUUAUGGAUGUUACUGUACCAGAGACAUUUUUCAGUUGUUCAUCUGAAUCUUCUUUCCAUAUUUGCUUAUGAAAUGGUGUAAAAUAAAUUUCUCUACAGUUA